AGUCAAGACAGUUCCCACCCGGCAGACGACAGGAUAGGAAGUAGAGUUGGUAGACUCCCCUCCCAGCUGCCACACACCACAACCAUCUCCAAUCUCUACUGUUUGUCAGGAGAGAGCCAGAGGAGGUGACCGGUUUUAGCGAUGCAGAUUCUACCGCUUGUGCUUCUUGCAGGUUUUGUCGUGGGAGCACCCAGCAAUAAUGGGUUCGUAAGACAUGCGGCUCCUUACUCAUCAUACAUCACUUACGGACAGACGAAGCCACCUCCAUACAGUAGUCCACGGAGGCGAGUCAAUCAUAAAGACUUUAUGCAAAAUGCACUUAAGAAACAGGCGAUGUUACAGAGACAACAACAAAUGAUUCUACAAGAAGUCCGAGAGUUAAAACAACAGUUGGAUAGCAAUAGCUUUACUGCACCCAGUGCAAGGUCAACCAUCCACCUUAACAAACCAGCAGAACUUACUUCCUUAUCAUACACAAUUGCUGAUAUUAUUAAACAGCUGACGGGUAACACUAAUCCUGGGUUACGUAUACCAACACCUGAUUUGCUUCCAGGGAAAAUAAAUCUCCUUGUGGCAACUGAUCCUCAUGAUGAUGAUAGUGAAGAAGUCACCCAGCCUUUGUUACUAGCUCCAAGACCACCAGUAACCCACGUCUUUAUUACCAGUGAUCCUCAAGAAAGAAGUACACCAGCAUUUAGAUUUUCCGAACCUGACUCUCAAGAACAAUUAAAAUCUCUAGAUGGUGUCGUGUCCUUAGUGGAAGACUCUUAUACGGAUGACAGCGAAGAGGAAUCUACUGGUCGUAAAAUACAGAUCGAGAAUAUUCCAACUCAAGACCAGGCGGCUAGUGAGGCUCUAAUUGAAGUGCUGGAGCCGAACACCACCCCAGAUGUAGUUAAUAAUUUGUACGUCCAUCCUCCAGGCUUAAGCUUAUUCUCGUUAUCUGGUGGUAAAACCUCACCUCUCACUAAUACAAACUCAGGUGUACAUGACGAUAAUUCUGUGUUUCUUGGUACAGAUGAUAGUGGUGUAGUGAGCUUUAACUCUCAAACACCCAUUGACACAUCUUUGGGAUACCUUAAUGGAGCAACUAUCAGCACACAGACAACGGGUACUGAUGAUGUGGCGAGUAACCUGGCAUCUACUGUAGCUGUCAUUAGUACAGAGACAAUUUCUUCAGAUGACACAAAUAUUCAGACAUUUUCUCCAGGUUUAAGUUCUUUUAAUAACCCAAUUAAUUUUAAUACAAGAACCUUUGCGACUCCUGUAAAUUCAGUUCCUUUUAUAUUUACUGUGCCAACACAAAACCAGUUGGCAUCCCCAUACUAUAACCCUUUAACUCUGCAAAGUGCACCACAAACGACGAGUCCCUUUCGGUUUUAUACUCUUGUAGGAGCUUCAAAUACUGGCAGUCUCCUCAGUGCUAGUAGAGAGAGAGGAACACCACCAACAACACUACAGGUUGUAUAAGUUCGUGCAGUUGGAUCGAGCGGGUCUAAAGGCUUCCAUGCGCCAAGUGUUGACAACGCUCAUCCAGUCAUAAUUUGCCAAGGAUAUUGGUAAUGUACAACUCUCGUCAGACAGGCCAUGGUGGAGGUUGGUAAUGGUGAAGAGAGCGAGCGAUAAAACCUUCAUACCACGAUGUGUGAGACCAUCUGCCCCAGCCAACACUUGCCUCGUCUAUGCCACUUGAAGAACCCGCGCCUUCACCACUUGUUAUGCCUUGGCCUUUAUUAUAAAGAACACUGUCAUGGCGAGACCAUUUUUUACUGCCUUAGGUUUAAUGUGUGUGAGAUAUAUGUUUAGUCAUUAGUAACUGUUUAGUUAAUACUUAUCUUUUUAUGUUCAUUACAUGUACUGUAUUUAUUUUCUGUUAUAACGAUGUUGUCACAGUUUCUGAAGGUAAUAUGGACUUAAAAAUGUUAGAUAACUGAAGAUCCAUUACCUUUUAAUUUGUUAUAAUUUGUUGAGCAAUGGUUAAAUAUUGUACAGACCGGUACUAACAGCUCUAGCUAGGGUUAAUGAUAGUAGUGGCUUACUGAGUUACACUGCCUUAUAUUGUAGUUUGUUGUAAUAAGAACGUGAGAUGAUAUUUAAUAAUGUAAUAAUCUUGGAUCAACUUGUUUAUUUAUCAUGUAUUUAGGAAAGACUUCUAAAACAUGUACUUUGGUUUACAGUUGGUAAUAAAAUACUUGGUACAUAUGUGA